AUGGCGCAGAAGACGUCGCCGUUCUUGUUUCCGGGCCCGGUUGCUACGGCUGAGAGCUUAUCAAUUCUUCAUCUAAAGAGAGAUUUGCAGAUACCGACAAUCCUCAAGGCGCGCGAUGAGGAUGAUGAUGGCUACUCGGAGGGGAAGGUCGUCAAUACUCGGUUCGGGUCGUUUCCGCACAGCACGUUGAUUGGAUUGCCAUGGGGAAGUCAGGUUCGAGCUUCGAAAGUUGAUACGGGAUCGAGGGGUCGUCGCGGCAAAGGACAGGAGAAGAAACGAAAACGCGAGGAGCCUGAGAGCGCGCCGAACAAAGCCCCGAAGUUGGAGGAAGAGGAUGCGGAGGAUGUUAGCACGCCGAAUACCACGAGGGGAGAGAAAGAGGCUGUCACUGCUUCGAGUGGAUUCAUACAUAUUCUGCCUCCUACGCCGGAGAAUUGGACGAGUUCACUGCCGCAUCGAACCCAGGUGGUUUACACUCCCGAUUACAGCUACAUUCUACACCGAUUGCGAGCACGACCUGGUGCAAGUAUAAUUGAGGCUGGUGCGGGCAGUGGGUCGUUCACGCAUGCAUCUGCGAGGGCUGUUUACAGUGGGUAUCCUGAAGAUGUGGAGUUUACAACGAAGCGGAGGAAGAUUGGGAAGGUCUGGAGCUUCGAAUUCCACGAACAGAGGCACGAGAAGCUUGAGAAGGAGAUCCAGGACCAUGGCCUGGAAGAUAUCGUACAAAUCACACACCGGGAUGUUUGUGAAGAGGGAUUUUUGGUCAAUGGGGAAAGUCCGAAUGCUGAAGCCGUAUUCUUGGAUCUGCCAGCUCCAUGGCUUGCUCUACCACACCUGUCGAGAUCCCCGUCACCGAAGACGGAAACGAAUGGUUCAACGCCCUUCAUAUCACCACUAAGCCCGAACGCACCGGUCCAGAUAUGCACCUUCUCCCCUUGUAUCGAACAAGUCCAGAGAACAGUCUCAGUCAUGCGGAAUCUUGGCUGGGUUGAUAUCGAGAUGGUGGAAUUGUCACAAAAACGAUUCGAGAUUCGAAGAGAGAGGAUAGGAAUUGAUAAUGGAGCUCAGAGAGGUCUGCAAUCGGUUCCUGCAUCGGUGGAGGAAUCUGUUGCUCGGCUAAAAGAAGUCGAAGGGACCUUCAAGGCGUUCCAUGAGAAUGGAGACAAGCCGGAGGCGAGCAAGAAGGACAAGGAGAAUCCGAAUAACAGAGACAGGAUCAUCGAGAGUUUGGUUGAGAAGAAGGUGUACAAAGAAGGGAGGUUGGUGCAUAGAACGGAGCCGGAAGUGAAGACACAUACGAGUUAUCUGGUGUUUGCAGUUCUACCCCAGGAAUGGACUGCUGAGGAUGAGGCUAAAGCAAGAGAGAAGUGGGAGGUGUUGAUACGAAAUGAGGAUGAGAAGGCUGGCGGAGAAGGGGAUGUGGUUAUGAGUAAACGGCAGAUGAAGAAAGCUGCAAGGCAGGCACAGAAGGAGAAA